GAACCAAUUCACAUCAUCCAACAUGCCCGAACGCCGCAAUCCCACCAGCGCCAAUGCUCCCAUCCGCCCCUCCGUCCGACGCAAUCUCUUUCCCUCCCAUCUCCGCACCUCUCACACCGCAUCCUCCACCACUCCUUCCCACUCCUACUCUCACACCACCCCCACCAACCCCGCCCCUCGCAUCCUAUCCCAUCUCUCCCCCGUCGUCCAACCACUUCCUCAACUAGUACAUCUGCCGAAACUCUUCGUCUGGACCACGCAUCUACAUUUCCUUCCCAUUCCUCACACUCCAACGAUCGCGAUGCCAAUUUCCAUUCUUUCCCUCAUAAUGGACAUGAAAGAAAUGGAAGUCGGAACAAUAGUACCCUGUCGUUCGAUGGCACGACGGAUAUAG